AUGUAUGUAAAUUAUUUGACCAAGCUGACUACGGCCGAAGGCAUAUGUGGUGAUGGUUGGGACUUAUAUCACGACGAUUAUUACGAUAUAUGCUAUAAAUAUAUUGCCGAGGGUUUGGGUGACUAUCAGACUGUGGCCACAGCCUGUAGGGGUGAAAUGGACUCAACUCUACCCACUAUUAACUCAUUCGAAGAACAGGAAUUUCUCGACAAACUUAUUAUUAAAUACAAAAUGGUAGACAAUGUAUGGCUCGACGCAGGCAUCAAAAACAAACACAUUGUUUGGACGGACAGUAGUAGUGGUGAGUAUGAGAAUUGGAUUCCCGGCCGACCGGUUGAUGAUGGCAAUUGUGUGGAAAUGUUGGCCGACAAAGCUAACGUGGGCAAAUGGGCCGAUGAACCAUGCACAAAGAAAAAUGCAUACAUGUGUAAACGUCUAGUGAUGUGGUCGGGCCAGCGUAUGGAGCGUUUGAUCAGGGACAAUCGGCGACUAUUAAAUGAAUUGAAACAAUUUCAGAAUAAACUGCAAUCUGAAAUUACUCAGAUAAAAGACACUCAAAUUCCUAUUGGUUUUACAUACGUACAAUUGCCUGGUAAGCCCGAGCCCAAAACACUAUGGCCCGCAUACACGUGGUCAGAUGUCACGGCCGAAUACGCGGGUCAAUUUUUCCGGGCCGAAGGCAACGGUAGCCUUGAGUUUGGUAAGGGUAUUCAGGCUGAAAAUGCACCUAGAUUGUCCAAAGUUCAAAAAUUCUAUAAAACCUCUGAAAUAUAUGAAGAUGCGGAUUUAACUCCUGGUGUGUGGAGUAAAAAUGUGCUAUCAGGCGGUCCUGGUAGUGGAAUUGACCAUAAUUCUCUUAAAUAUUUGCUGAGCGCUGGUGAAGUGCGACCUCGUAAUCAAGCGGUGCGCAUAUUUCAACGCACUAAAUAA